AUGGCACAAACGCUCGACUUGGGUAAAUCCACUCUGCGAAUCCGAGAUUCAAAGUUGCAGCUUCGUCUGGCCGCAUCGGCUCAUUUCAACCAAUCACCAAGUCAUGCAACUCCCCAAAUACCAAUUGACCUCUCACAAUUAUCAAAUCUUGAAAGUAUAUGGAUAACAGAGGCACCAGAGCUUGAGUUGCGCUUCUUGAUCGGGGGAAAUUGGGAUCAAAAUGAAGCAGCGGCAUUCAUCUCGAAGUUGAGAGACAAACUUUGCGAUAUGGAGAUCUGGUCGGAUCUCGGAUUUUCAGUUGAGCUCAAGAGAUAUUGUAUUGAAACUUCUGGUUUCCACUUCCUCGAACUUGGUAUGCACAGAGGGUGUCUAGCACGGAACCACACAACGGGUCGGACUUUGCCUGGUUCGAUGACCGAUCCCCUAAAUGCGCGUCCUCCCCCUGGUGUACCAGUAGCUACCUUGGCUUCGAUUGACGUUCGGCUGGAGUAUCGCUUUCAAGCCAAAGAUGUAUCACAAGCCGAGGACUGUUCCAUGUUGGAGGUUGGUCUUCUUGGACAAGGAACAUCGGUUGUCUCGAGUCCUCAUGUGUUAGAGGAAAUGGCAGAAACCAAAAUCCUACUGCCAAUGCAUGACGAGAAUUCCUACGCAGCUGUUAGACAACAGACUGCUCGCAUAUCUGGAGAAAGAUCACCAUCAAGCGAGGAACUCUUCCGACUGUUCGAUCUUGGAAUCCAAAGACUGAUCUUUUCCAACUCGAUCAAAGAUCCCAUGGUUAGUGUCUCACAAAAAUCCACGAUCAAGAGCUUCGCGGAUAUAUUUCCCGCAGUGUUCGAUCCUGGAUAUCGGGAUGCCAUGAAUCAGCGAGGAGUGACAAUUCCAAUAAUCACGAAAGCCAUAUCGUCUUUGGUGGCAGGAAAUAAGAAUCUAUCCACCAAAGCUAAAUUGGCAGAUUUGCUAGAGCUCACUUCCUCCCAUCACACGGGUGACUUGACGAUACAGCCUCAACUUCCAAGUUGCAAGAAUGCAGUCCUCUCAUCCCUUUGGCGUGUCGCGCAGAACAAUGUGCCCAAAAUAAAACCCAAAAGAAGAGGAGUUUCGAUGCUUUUCACAGAAUUUCCAUCGAACGGACUGGCUGGAUUAGACGAGCUCGUGAAUCUUACGUCUAUGGAUCAGCAUCAACCUGAUAAUGAAAAUACGGGACAGCGUCGUUCCUCUCAAACAAAAUAUCACGACGAGAAUGAAGAAAGCGACGUGUGCUUGUUGAAUAGCGAAUCCGAGGACCAGCUUUUGGACAAUUUCAGCGAGACAAGCUUCACAGACAUCGGGGAAUCGACGCAAACAUCUCUUGAUACAUUGUUCUCGACAACUGGGUCUUCCCAGACUUCAUACGGUGACCGUGAUGCUAUGCUUCUCUCGGAUCAUGGCGAAUUGGCGGAUUAUUUGGAAAACUACGUGAUAGAUUAUGAUCCUCGAGAAGAUAUGGAGGCAUACGAUGCGGACAUUAUAAUGGCUGAUUAUCUUUAG